UGGGGGAAGAAUCAACACACCAGGGAGCAGAGCGGAGCGGACCCGAGGACAGAGGCGGCAGCUGCCUCCGCUGCCGCCCGCCGCCGCCCGCCGCCGCCGCCCGCGCCUGGGCGCAGCCCCAGCGGCGGGCCCCGCACCUCCGCAGCCGCCCCGCGGCGCCCCCCGGCGCGACCCCCCGGGCCGCGCACCCCGAGCUGCCUCCGGGAGGGGGGGGGGAAAGGGCCCGGAUCCUCCUUCUCCCCCUCCUCCUCCUCCUCCUCCUCCUGCUGCUGCUGCUCAGCCCGCUCGCCCCCAGCCGCCUCCCUGACCCCCGCCCCGGCGUCCCUCGCCCCGACCCCCGCCCCGGCCCUCGCCUCCCCUCCCCCGCCUCGCCCCACCGGCUUCCCACCACGGCCUCUCUCGGCGAGGAAACUCUGGCCUCCGCUUCCUCCUCCUCCGACUCGGACACCGGCGGAGCCUCCCCGCCCCCGCGGAAGAAACCCCGAGCCUCGGCGGCGGAGGGAGCAGGAGAGCCCGGGGCUUCGGCCGGCAGAGCAGGCCUCUCCCCUCCGUCCUCGUCGUCCUCGUCGUCCUCGUCCUCGUCGUCUUCCUCGUCCUCCUCCUCCUCCUCGGUGGUGGUAGUGGUGGGACUCCCCCCGGCUGCUGCCCCUGCCGCCGCCGUCCCCCACCGAAGUAGCGGCCACAGCCUGGUCAGCGGCAGCAUCAUGCAGGCCAACGGGGCAGGAGGAGGAGGAGGAGGCGGCGGCGGCGGCGGCGGCGGAGGGGGCGGCGGGGGCCAGGGACAGACCCAGGAACUCGCCUGCCUGUCGGCCCAGAACGGGGAGUCGUCCCCCUCGUCGUCGUCCGCGGGGGACCUGGCCCACGCCAAUGGGCUCCUGCCUUCCGCCCCCUCCGCCGCCAGCAACAAUAGCAACAGCCUGAGUGUCAAUAACGGGGUUCCCGGCGGGGCGGCCGCCGCCGCAGCCUCCGCCACCGUCGCCGCUGCCGCCGCCACCACGGCCGCCUCGUCUGCCUUGGCCACCCCGGACCUGGGCAGCAGCCUCAAGAAGAAGAAGCGGCUUUCGCAGUCAGAUGAGGAUGUCAUUAGGCUAAUAGGACAGCACUUGAAUGGCUUAGGGCUCAACCAGACUGUUGAUCUCCUCAUGCAAGAGUCAGGAUGUCGUUUAGAACAUCCUUCUGCUACCAAAUUCCGAAAUCAUGUCAUGGAAGGAGACUGGGAUAAGGCAGAAAAUGACCUGAAUGAACUAAAGCCUUUAGUGCAUUCUCCUCAUGCUAUUGUGGUAAGAGGCGCACUUGAAAUCUCUCAAACGUUGUUGGGAAUAAUUGUGAGGAUGAAGUUUCUGCUGCUGCAGCAGAAGUACCUGGAAUACCUGGAGGAUGGCAAGGUCCUGGAGGCACUUCAAGUUCUACGCUGUGAAUUGACGCCACUGAAAUAUAAUACAGAGCGCAUUCAUGUUCUCAGUGGGUAUUUGAUGUGUAGCCAUGCAGAAGACCUACGUGCAAAAGCAGAAUGGGAAGGCAAAGGGACGGCUUCCCGAUCCAAACUGUUGGACAAACUUCAGACCUAUUUACCACCAUCAGUGAUGCUUCCCCCACGGCGUUUACAGACUCUCCUGCGGCAGGCGGUGGAACUGCAGAGGGAUCGGUGCCUAUAUCACAAUACCAAACUUGACAACAAUCUAGAUUCUGUGUCUCUGCUUAUAGAUCAUGUUUGUAGUAGGAGGCAAUUUCCAUGUUAUACUCAGCAGAUACUUACGGAGCAUUGUAAUGAAGUAUGGUUCUGUAAAUUCUCUAAUGAUGGCACUAAACUAGCAACAGGCUCAAAAGAUACAACUGUUAUCAUAUGGCAAGUUGAUCCGGAUACACACCUGCUAAAAUUGCUUAAAACAUUAGAAGGACAUGCUUAUGGCGUUUCUUAUAUUGCGUGGAGUCCAGAUGACAACUAUCUUGUUGCUUGUGGCCCUGAUGACUGCUCUGAGCUUUGGCUUUGGAAUGUACAAACGGGAGAAUUAAGGACAAAAAUGAGCCAGUCUCAUGAGGACAGCUUAACAAGUGUAGCUUGGAACCCAGAUGGGAAACGUUUUGUGACUGGAGGCCAGCGAGGCCAGUUCUAUCAGUGUGAUUUAGAUGGUAAUCUCCUCGACUCCUGGGAAGGAGUGAGAGUGCAAUGCCUUUGGUGCUUGAGUGACGGGAAGACUGUUCUGGCAUCAGAUACGCACCAGCGAAUUCGAGGAUACAACUUUGAGGACCUUACAGAUAGGAACAUAGUACAAGAAGAUCAUCCUAUUAUGUCUUUCACUAUUUCAAAAAACGGCCGGUUAGCUUUGUUAAAUGUAGCAACUCAGGGAGUUCAUUUAUGGGAUUUGCAAGACAGAGUUUUAGUAAGAAAGUAUCAAGGUGUUACACAAGGGUUUUAUACAAUUCACUCAUGUUUUGGAGGCCAUAAUGAAGACUUCAUCGCCAGUGGCAGUGAAGAUCACAAGGUUUACAUCUGGCACAAACGUAGUGAACUGCCUAUUGCGGAGCUGACAGGACACACGCGUACAGUAAACUGUGUGAGCUGGAACCCACAGAUUCCAUCCAUGAUGGCCAGCGCCUCAGAUGACGGCACUGUUAGAAUAUGGGGACCAGCACCUUUCCUAGACCACCAGAAUAUUGAAGAGGAAUGCAGUAGCAUGGAUAGUUGAUGGCGAAUUUGGAGCAGACGACUUCUGUUAACUUAAAAUUAGUCGUAUUUUAAUGGCUUGGGAUUUGGUGCAAACAGACAUGAUUGAUAGCUGGACAGACAUGCUCGUCAUGAAAAAAGAACCAUUUCUGAAGCCCGAUUGGGGCCAAACAUUUACACCUUGCUUCCUAGUAACCAGUUGAUGAAGCGCCUCAUUAGAACGUUGUUGGACACCAUGUUGAAUUAUCCCCCGUCGGUUGUGAAGAACUGUGCUACAUCCAGGCUUACCCAUUGAACUCAGUAUAUAUAUUUUUUUUCCCUCCUGCCUUUUGUCUGGCAGGAUACCAUUCUUGUUGCUCUUCUGUGUAAUGAAGUUUAAAUGCUUGUUUGGAAAACUUUAUUUAACAGUUUAGAAGGCUUGAUAGGAAGAGUGCAUUAGUCUGAAGAGUAUACAUUGGAUAGGAAAGAAUUUCCUUUUGUUUCUCCAAAUCUUUCCGCCUUAUUUAGCUUGAGAUCUUUGCAGCUUGGUUCAUGGAUUCUAGCCUUGCCCGUUGCGCAGUAUAUACUGAUCCAGAAGAUAACCAGUGAACUAUGUCAAAAGCACUCUCAAUAUCACAUUUGACAAAAAGUUUUGUACUUUUCACAUAGCUUGUUGCCCCGUAAAAAGGGUUAACAGCACAAUUUUUUAAAAAUAAAUUAAGAAGUAUUUAUAGGA